CUCUUCUGCAUCAAACACCUACAUACAUGCUACAACUACAAACACCCUCCUCUUGCUCUCCACCUUUUUCUAUCUCCAAUAGUUCAAUCCAACCCACAUUACAAUCUCUAUACUCUUUACAUCUUCUUCAACAGUUCUUAUAAGCUUAGUUCAAGUUUUCAUUGAUGUCUGUGCCACUAGAACAUGAUUACAUAGGUUUAUCAGAUGCUUCUUCAUUGGAAAGAAGCACUGAGUCCUCAAACAUCAAUGUUUUUACUCUCAAAGCUACUGAACUCAGUCUUGGGUUGCCUGGUUUUGGCAAAAAUUCAGAAGAAAAUGCAAAGUUUGGGCCUGUUGUCAAGAACUACAUGUCAGGAGCUAAAAGAGGGUUUUCUGAUGUUAACUUUAAUGGUUCUGGGCCUUCUGGUAAAUGGGCUUUGAAUGGUGGGUCUGAAGCUGAUUUGUGUAGGGGGGUUAAUUGUGUUUUUGAGAAAAAUCAAACUUCAUCUUCUGAUGUUAAGCCUGUUGAAGAGGAGAAAAAAGGCCCUGUUAAGGCACAAGUGGUAGGAUGGCCACCAAUUCGAUCUUUCCGGAAGAACACUAUGGCGACCAAUUUGCCAAAGAGCGGUGACGUGGCAGAAGCGAAUUUGGGAUCUGGAGAGUGUCUUUAUGUGAAGGUGAGCAUGGAUGGUGCUCCAUAUUUAAGAAAGAUUGAUCUCAAGAUUUACCGUAACUAUGCAGAACUUUCAACGGCUCUCGAGAAAAUGUUCAGUUGCUUUACUCUCGUAGGACAAUGUACUUCUAAUGGAAUCAAAGGACGAGACGGGCUUACUGAAAGCAAGUUAAAAGAUCUUCUUCAUGGCUCUGAAUGUGUGCUAACAUAUGAAGAUAAAGAUGGUGAUUGGAUGCUUGUGGGCGAUGUUCCUUGGGAGAUGUUUAUAGAUUCAUGCAAGAGAUUGAGGAUUACGAAAGGCUCAGAAGCAAUCGGAUUAGCUCCAAGAUCGACGGCGAAGUGCAAGAACAGAAACUAGCACAAGUUCCCAAUUUUAAUACUGAGAGAGUUAUUUUUAAAAAAACACGCAAAAUGUGUUUAUAUACGCGCUUUGAUAAUUUUGAUUCGUAGUUUUUAUUUUGUAUUUUGUAUUUUGCAUUUUGUAUUUUCAUCAAUGGUAGAAUGUUUCCGGUAGGUAAAAGUCAUAACUGGAAAGAAACAUCCAGUUCUUUUGGUAAUCCUAUUGUGAACCACUUGACAUUUGUUAAUGUAAAUGGCUUUGUUCUCCAUCA